UUAGGUGUACUCAUACGUACGUACACCGAGUCAAUGGGCCCCCGAUUUGAUUUUGCCUGAUUUAGUGCUCAAAGAACUUUCAACAAUUUUGCACGCUCUACAGGGAAUUGCUCUGCGAAGUAUAAUGGGUUGUUGUUUGGCCACAAGUAAAUCCGUUGAUUUACCUCCCGUUCCCCCGGCUCCGGGAAAACAGCGUUCCACUCUGCCGGAGUUCCCUGUGCCCACCACAUCGGCCCCAGUAGGAGGAGGAGGACCCAGUGGAGCUACGAAUGAAGCGCUGGAGGAUGAUUAGUUGGCCAAUGAACAAUUCAAAAGAAAGGAAGCGAUUACGUAGAAGAAACUGCCAAAUGGGAAAAAACCGUUCGCAUGAGUCAUAUGCCCAUGCGGCAUGCGACUCUUGAACGACGCUCAGUGUUUAAGACCAGCUGUAUUUGUACGUUAAACUGAUUAUAUGUAUUCUCAAUACGAUCUUAGUUCUCCAUUAUAGAAAA